AUGGAUAUUGUAGGUGCUGCUGGAUGUGUGCCAAAGGAGGCACUUUCUAAGAGGGGACCAGCAGCAGGCACUCACUUGGGACUCUUACCUGAGGGGCUGCCACCCAGGCCUUGGGCCCCUGGGGAUGGAACUGAGGAAGAACUUGGCAGCCCAGUGGUGGGCCUCGGUGGUGGUUUCCAGGGAGCAGUGUCUGCAGUGGAUUCUUUGCUACAUCGUGCUCCAGGAGCUGGCAUGCUGCCAGCAGGGGAGGCUCUCAGGCUGAUACAGGUUGGAGCUCUGCGUGAAAUCUUCCAGAAUAAAGAAUUAAACAAAGAGCAGAUAACUGCAGCUCUGGAAAAGGUGCUAGGGAUGUCUGGGGUACUGCGAGAGGACCUUCUUCAUGGUGCUCUAGAGCAAUAUAUUAAUUGUCUAGAAUUGGUAAACAAGAGGCUGCCAUGUGGACUUGCUCAGGUUGGAGUAUGUUUUCAUCCUGUUCCGGACAUUGAGCCUCAAAAUGACAACAUCGCAAGAAUAGGCGAAAGGACAAUGUCUUCCCUUGUAUGGUUUAGCUCCGCCAGAACUGCAGGACAGUGGCUUGAUUACUGGUUACGCCAGCGGCUCCAGUGGUGGAGAAAGUUUGCGAUAGGCCCAUCCAACUUCAGCAGCAGCGACUUUCAAGAUAAAGAGGGAAGAAAAGGAAAUCAUUUGUACUACAGCUUUCCUUGGGGAAAGGAACCAAUAGAAACGUUGCAGAGUUUAGGAGAUAAUGAACUGUUACAAAUGUAUCCAGGGAAUAAAUCAAAAUUACAUGGCCGGGAUGGAAGGAAGAAUGUUAUUCCUCAUGUGCUGUCUGUGAGUGGCAAUCUGGACCAAGGAGUGCUAGCAUAUCUUUGUGAUUCUCUGCAGUUCACGGAGAGCUCUCUAACAAGAAAGAAAACUCUUCAAAGAAAGGUACUUAAGCUUCACCCUUGUUUAACACCAAUAAAAGUUGCUUUGGACAUGGGAAGAGGCCCAACAAUGGAGCUGAGACAGGUGUGUCAGGGGCUGUUCAAUGAAUUGAUAGAGAAAGGAAUUUCUGUGUGGCCUGGAUAUCUUGAAACCAUGCACACACCCCUGGAGCAACUCUAUGCAAAGUAUGAUGAGAUGAGUGUCCUCUUCACAAUCUUGAUCAGUGAUGCUACGCUGGAGAAUGGAGUGGUUCAGCUGAGAAGCAGAGACACAACCAUGAAAGAAAUGAUGCACAUCUCUCUAUUGAAGGACUUUUUAACUAAGUACAUUACAGCAGCUAAAAAUGUAUAAAUUAGAACCUCUCUAAUAAAAGGAAUUUUGUAUCUGUGU